AGAAAAGUCAGGAAGCAGGAUGGGUGAAUCUCUUACCAUUCAUCUCAUCAUCGAGUACUUGGCUGCUAAUGCUUCCUUUGCCUAUGUGAGACGAAUCCGCUAUACGACGGGAUGUCGUACAUUCGAAGGCCAGGGUGUAUUUCAAGCAGAUCAAUACUACGUGACUAUAUCAUAGCUGCAGUUGCAUCCGAUUUACUCCAAGGUUUGUUCGAGUGGAUCACGGCCAGAUUAGAUGCAAGUUGUCUAGAUCCGAUUCCUGCACGAUCAAUACUAGUAAGUGUCGGUUCAUCGGCAUGCAGCAGCAGAGUAACGAGUCGGGAAUAUUCUGCGGAUGACGGAAGAAGGGCAUCUCAGCACAAUGUACUCGUGAGUGGCACCUUCUCGUCUGCUGCCUGCACCGUUACACGCAGCU